AUGGAGAGCCUGUUACCUGAGAGACUACCUGGCCAUCCUCACCAGGAGGAGGCCUCUGUCUUCUGGCGGCUCACUGUGAAGGUGCUGGAGGCUCGGAGUCUGCCUAGGACUGACUUGUUGAGUCAGGCGGAUCCGUACGUGACUCUGCUGCUGCCCACAGCCCCUGGAGUGAAAUUCAAGACCCAAACUGUCACCAACUCCAGUCAUCCUGUAUGGAACGAGACCUUCAGUUUCCUCAUUCAGAGUCGGGUCAAGAAUAUUCUAGAAUUGAGCAUCUAUGACGAGGACUUAAUUAUGAAAGAUGACAUCUGCUUCAAAGUUUCCUAUGAUGUCUCAGAAAUCCUCCCUGGCCAACUGAUCCAGAAAACCUUCCGCCUGAAUCCUCAGGGACCAGAAGAGUUAGAUGUGGAGUUCCUGGCGGAAAAAGCGUUGGACCCUCCAGAAAACCUCAUCACCAACAAUGUUCUUGUGGCCCGAGAACUGUCACGCCUGGAUGUCUGUCUGGACAGAGUUGGGAGUGCCACCGUGGCAGCAGGUCAGGACAAACUGGAGCUGGAGCUGGCGCUGAAAGGGUCAUAUGAGGACACACAGACAUUUGCCCUGGACACCGCAUCCACCUUCAGCUUCCACUACGUGAGGGGCCAAGACACAGAGCUGACAGGGUGUCUGAGGAGCUCCAAAAGCAACGGCUGGAUGUCACAUACCUCAGCUACUCCCCUCAGCGUACCCCUGAAGUCCUUGGCCACAGGGAAGGAGGUGACUGUAGACGUUCCUGCUACAAGUGCCCCAGAAGUGAAGCUGCAGCUUAGGACAGACGGCUGCCCCAAGGAGCUGGCUGUGCGGCUGGGCUGUGGGCUCUGUCCCGAGGAGCAGGCCUUCCUAGGCCGGAGGAAGCAGGUGGUAGCCGCUGCCCUGAAGCAGGCCCUGCAAUUGGAUCAAGACUUGAAGGAAGAUGAGGUUCCCGUUGUGGGCAUCAUGGCUGAGGGAGGAGGUGUCCGGGCUAUGACUUCACUCUAUGGUCACCUGUUGGCGCUUCAGAAGUUGGGCCUCCUGGACUGUGUGACCUAUUUCAGUGGCAUCUCAGGCUCUACGUGGGCAAUGGCUCACCUUUACCAGGAUCCAGAGUGGUCGCAGAGGGAUCUCGAGGGACCCAUCAGCCAUGCCAGGGAGCAUGUGGCUAAGAGCCUGUGGAGGGAAUUCCUCCCCGAACACUUGGCAAGCUACCACCAAGCACUGAAACUUCGGGAGGAGCAGGGCUACACCACCACCAUAGCUGACCUGUGGAGCCUGGUGCUGGAGUCCAAGUUGCAUGGGCAGGUGACAGACCAGAAGCUGUCGGGGCAGAGAGCUGCCCUACAGCGGGGUCAGAAUCCACUGCCCCUCUACUUGAGCCUCAACGUCAAAAAGAACAACCUGGACACCCUCCACUUCAAGGAAUGGGUGGAGUUCUCUCCCUACGAAGUUGGGUUCCUGAAAUAUGGCGGCUUUGUCCCCCCUGAGCUCUUUGGCUCUGAGUUCUUCAUGGGGAGACUGAUGAAGAGGCUCCCCGAGUCCCAGAUCUGCUUUUUGGAAGGUAUCUGGAGCAACAUCUUCUCUGUGAACUUGAUGGAUAUCUGGUACGAUGUCACCUCUGGGAAAGAUUGGAAGGAUGUCAUUGUGGAUGUCCGGCACUCAGGUAGAAGAGGGCCCUCAGCCUCAGCAGGAACCUCCUCCUGUGUGGAGACCUCAUGGCUGCAGCCUGGAACCGCCCUGGCCCAGGCAUUUAAGGGCUUUCUGAACGGCCGGCCAUUCUAUCAGCGCAGUGCCAACUUCCUCCAUGGCCUCCAGCUGCACCGGGGCUACCGUAAUCAGAAAGACUUCUCCACCUGGGCAGAUUGCCACCUAGAUAACACCCCCAAUCAGCUGACCCCGCAGGACACUCAGCUCUGCCUAGUGGAUGCUGGCUACUUCAUCAACAACAGCUGUCCCUCCAUGUUCCGCUCAGGUCGCCAAGUGGACCUCAUACUCUCCUUCGGCUACUCCCAAUUCUCGCCCUUUGAGGGGCUGCUGCAAUCUGAGAAAUACUGCAGAGCUCAGGGCCUGCCCUUCCCCCAUGUGGAGCCCAGCCCUGAGGACCAAUGCCAGCCCCAAGAAUGCCACCUCUUCUUAGAUCCCACCCGUCCUGAGGCACCGGUUCUGCUGCACUUCCCGCUGGUCAAUGACUCCUUCAAGGAGCACUCAGCCCCUGGUGUCCGGCGCAGCCCUGCUGAGCUCGAGGCUGGACAGGUGGAUCUCACAGGGGAAGCCUCCCCGUACUUCAUGUACAACAUGGCCUACAAGGAGGAAGAUUUCGACCGCCUGCUUCAGCUCACUGACUACAACAUGCGGAACAACCAGGGCACUAUCCUGCAGGCCUUGAAGACUGUUUUGAAACGUAGGGCCCCAGAGGCGAAGCCCUUGGAGAUGCAGACCUGAGGCUUCUCGGGGGCCUCUAAGACUCUGAGGGCCACACUUGGACCCUCCACUUUCCAAGGACUUAACUCAGGCUGCAGCUGGGCUUAGCCACAGAGCCCC